AAUUAAUAAAAUUGAACACAUAAAUAGCGAGGAAAAUAAAACACAACUGACAUUUUUCAUUUUGAGAAGCUGCUAUACUAAUUACUCAGCUCUCAACUACUCUCUUUUUUGUUAUAUUCAUUCAUUCUAUCUUCAGAGAAGGAAGGGGAAAUUGAAGUGAGAAAGAUCAGAAAAAGAUGUGUUCCUCAGUAGGCAUAGGGAAGGGAAUACUGAUAAGGAGCACACCAGAUGUUUGCAGUAAUAACAAGAAGAAGAAGAGGGAGUUACUGUUCUAUGGGAAAAGAAGCACCAGCAGAGGAGUAGUGCUGUGGCAGGAGGAGUUGCAGUUUUUGUGCUUUGGAUCCAACUCCUCAUCAUCACCAUCAUCAUCAUCAUCAUCAACAGGAUCAUCACGUUACCCUGCAAUACGUGGACAAGUUAUCCUUACCCCACCCACAACCAAAAAGCGUGUAUUCACAUUUGGCAAGGGCAGAAGUGAAGGAAACAAGGCCAUGAAAUCCUUGUUGGGAGGAAAGGGGGCAAACCUGGCAGAAAUGGCAACCAUUGGAUUGUCAGUUCCUCCGGGACUAACGAUAUCAACGGAAGCUUGUCAAGAAUAUCAGCACAAUGGCAAGAAGUUACCUGAUGGCCUCUGGGAUGAGAUACUUGAAGGCCUCACUUUUGUGGAGGCAGAGAUGGGGGCCUCUCUUGGGAAUCCUUCUAGACCUCUCCUCCUCUCUGUCCGCUCCGGCGCUGCGAUUUCCAUGCCUGGAAUGAUGGAUACAGUUCUCAAUCUUGGACUCAAUGAUGAAGUCGUUGCUGGCUUGGCUGCAAAGAGUGGAGAGCGCUUUGCUUACGAUUCAUACAGACGAUUCUUAGACAUGUUUGGAGAUGUUGUUUUGGGCAUUCCGCAUUCGUUGUUUGAGGAGAAGUUAGAAGAUCUAAAGAACAAAAAAGGUGCCAAACUUGACACUGAUCUAACAGCAUCUGAUCUCAAAGAUCUGGUUGAGCAGUACAAGAAUGUCUACCUUGAAGCCAAUGGAGAAAAUUUCCCCUCAGACCCGAAGAAGCAGCUCGAGCUAGCCGUGAAAGCUGUUUUCAAUUCUUGGGAUAGCCCAAGGGCUAUUAAGUACAGGAGCAUUAAUCAAAUAAAUGGACUAAAGGGAACUGCUGUGAACAUUCAAACUAUGGUGUUUGGUAACAUGGGGACGACUUCCGGAACUGGUGUCUUGUUCACUAGAAAUCCAAGUACCGGAGAAAAGAAACUCUAUGGAGAGUUUCUGAUUAAUGCUCAGGGAGAGGAUGUAGUUGCUGGAAUCAGGACACCUGAAGAUUUGGAGACUAUGAAAAAUUGCAUGCCAGAAGCAUACAAGGAACUUGAGGAGAAUUGCAAAAUUCUGGAGAAGCACUACAAGGAUAUGAUGGAUAUUGAGUUCACAGUUCAAGAAAAUAGGUUGUGGAUGUUGCAAUGUCGAAGUGGGAAGCGUACUGGCAAAGGUGCUGUUAAAAUAGCUGUAGACAUGGUUAAUGAAGGGCUUGUUGAUAUUCGGUCUGCAAUCAAGAUGGUAGAGCCAAGGCAUCUUGAUCAGCUUCUCCACCCACAGUUUGAGGAUCCAUCUGCUUACAAGGACAACGUGAUAGCUACCGGCUUACCUGCAUCCCCUGGAGCUGCAGUAGGGCAGGUUGUGCUCAAUGCUGAUGAUGCUGAAGAAUGGCAUGCACAAGGAAAGAGUGUCAUCUUGGUGAGGACAGAGACAAGUCCAGAGGAUGUAGGGGGUAUGCAUGCAGCUUCUGGAAUCUUGACAGCUAGAGGUGGUAUGACAUCUCAUGCUGCCGUUGUAGCUCGCGGAUGGGGAAAGUGUUGUGUGUCUGGCUGCUCUGAUGUCCUUGUAAAUGAUAUUGAGAAGGUUGUUGUAAUUGGUGAUACAGUGAUUCCGGAAGGUGAAUGGAUAUCACUGAAUGGAUCCACCGGUGAGGUGAUACUAGGUAAGCAGCCACUUUCGCCUCCAGCACUAAGUGAUGACCUUGCAACCUUCAUGUCUUGGGCUGAUGAAAUAAGGCAUCUGAAGGUAAUGGCAAAUGCUGACACACCGGAAGAUGCAUUAACAGCAAGACAGAAUGGUGCUCAGGGAAUUGGACUAUGCAGGACAGAACACAUGUUUUUUGCUUCGGACGAGAGGAUAAAGGCUGUGAGAAUGAUGAUAAUGGCCAUCACACCGGAACAAAGGAAAGCUGCACUUGACCUUUUGCUACCUUAUCAAAGAUCAGAUUUCGAGGGAAUUUUCCGAGCAAUGGAUGGUCUCCCGGUGACAAUCCGAUUGUUGGAUCCUCCGCUCCAUGAGUUUCUUCCGGAGGGUGACUUGGAGCACAUUGUCAGUGAGCUAACUUCUGAGACAGGCAUGAAGGAAGAAGAAAUCUUCUCUAGGAUUGAAAAACUCUCAGAAGUGAAUCCCAUGCUUGGUUUUCGUGGCUGCAGGCUGGGAAUAUCAUAUCCCGAAUUAACUGAGAUGCAGGCACGUGCAGUCUUCCAAGCUGCUGUUUCAGUGAGUAACCAUGGCAUUAAAGUCCUUCCUGAGAUAAUGGUUCCACUUAUUGGUACACCUCAGGAAUUAAGGCAUCAAGUGAGUUUAAUAAGGAAUGUUGCUGAGAAAGUUUUCUCUGAGAUGGGUUCCUCUUUAAGCUACAAGGUUGGAACAAUGAUUGAAGUUCCCAGAGCUGCACUAGUUGCAGAUGAGAUUGCUGAUGAAGCCGAGUUCUUUUCAUUUGGAACCAAUGACCUUACCCAAAUGACAUUUGGGUACAGUAGAGAUGAUGUUGGAAAAUUUCUUCCGAUUUACCUAUCAAGCGGCAUUCUGCAGAGUGAUCCAUUUGAGGUACUUGACCAAAAAGGAGUGGGUCAACUCAUCAAGCUUUGCACAGAAAAGGGUCGUGCUGUCAGACCAAACUUAAAGGUUGGAAUAUGUGGAGAGCAUGGUGGGGAGCCAUCUUCUGUUGCAUUCUUUGCUCAAAUUGGUCUUGACUAUGUCUCAUGCUCUCCUUUUAGGGUUCCAAUUGCUAGGCUUGCAGCGGCUCAAGUUGCAGUUUAAGAAAUUUGUUAAUCUGGUUUAAGAGAGGGUUGAAUGGCUAACUUUCAGGGCAUGACUCUCUUAUAACUGUAAAUAGUUGUUAUUUAUUGUUUAUAAUAGUGAAUAAGUCCAUGUACAUCAAAAAUGGAUAUCUGUAUAUGAGGUCAGAUAAAAUGGCCACUGACAUACAUAUAGAAGUAGAAAGAAAAAGGAAAUAUGUUUUUGGAAAACGAAAAAGAAUGAGAGAAACAUUGUGUACAAAGAUUCAUACAAAUUACAACAAUGUUUCUCGGUGAGUUAUAGCCUGCACCUGGCUAAAUAAGGUGAAUGAAGUACCUUUUACCUCUGA